GCACUAGCAUGGGCCUCUUGCACGGAAGAACAACACAUCGGUCCACAAUUGAAUCACAAAAGAAAGGUUUGGCUCCAUACCUGUAGCAACAACAAGGUCAGAUCACAACAAUUCUACUGGUCAGGCGGUAUAGCGGCUAUGCAAUGCUCUGGAAAAAGCAUUCUUCUCCACUGAAGUUUCCUUAAGCUAUGGCAUGCUUCAAAGCACCGAGCUCACGCUGACGUUCGGGGUUUUCUUCCUCGACUUUUCCCUUCUCACACUUCCCGUUCGUUCUAUUGCUCACACACCUCAGCCCCAUACUGGAACAGCAAUAAUCAGCAUUCAACACACGCAAGAUGCGUUUCACAGACGUAUCAUUUGCGGCAGUCUGCCUCGUGCAGCUGUUCGCGCCUGGAUACGCUUGGCCGCAGCCGGAUCAACUGGUUGCGGGGUCUCCUCCGAUUGACAAUGGCAUAGCUGGUCAGCCAUUGCAUGCAUACGGGCAAGCUUCGUUGAGAAAACGCCAAACAGGCGACCAAACCACUUCAACUUCGUCAAGCUCGUCUUCGGGUACUGUCGCUUCUGGUUCCAUGACCUCAAGCAGCAGUUCUAGUGGUAUCUACACGAACUCGAGUUCAAGUGCUGUCAGCUCCACAUCAAUGUCUUCCGGAAACUCAACGUCAAGCUCUAUGAGCUCCGCAAGCUCUACCUCUCGAGCAAACUCGACGUCCUCAACAGCUUCGUCCACGUCGACGUCGUCAACCGCUUCAGCAACAGCUUCCACAGUUGCAGGUGUGACCUUCCAAAUCCAGAACAACACCAUCUACAGCGGUAGCUUGAUCAACCUCAUGAGAAAGCGAGCUGCUGCCCAGGCUGGUAUCGAUAUGUGCUUGAACAAGUGUGCGAACAGUACUAGCUGUGCUGGCACAUCAUACGACAACAGCACGAUGAUGUGUUCGUAUUACAGCUCGGUCGACCAGAACAGUCAGAUGACAAAGAACGGCACCACCUUUGCUCUUGUUCAAAACCGUGCAAGUAACUCAACCAAUAACAGUACUACCACUGCUGCAUCCUCAACCAUGACUAUGACUAGUGGCAUUGUCACGGCUCCAUCUUCGACCAUGACCAUGACUUCGUCUGGCAAAUUCUCGAACAGCUCGACCUCGAGUCAAUCUAUGACAAAACCUGCGAAUAGCACUUCCAGCUUGGCCAGCUUGUCUACCACCAUGAGUGUAAACACUACAUCGAGUCGCUCGAUGACAAUGUCCAACUCGACUACCUCAACAAUGUCCAGCAGCACCAUAGCUUCGAACACAACAUCAUCGACCUCGGCUACACCGACCAAUCCUGUCGGUGCGAGAUCUUGCGAUCAGAUCGCAGCAAAUGGCAACACCUUCACCGAUGGCAACAACGUCACCUACGCUGUCAUCUGUGCCAAGAAGGCGGCGAGAGAUCUUUUCGCCAUUCUUGCCAACCUUUCUCCAAGGGCAGAUCCAGGCGAUGUAGCCACUGUACAGUCAGGCAGCUUUGAAGGCUGUGCUCCUUAUUGUGACAGCAACGCACAAUGUAAUUCCUACAGUUAUGAUCGAAGCAACGGUACUUGUCAUUUAAUGAGCUCGAGCAACGUGACUCAGCCCAUUGCUGGUCGAGACUAUGCAUACAAGAUACAGAGUCAGACCUCUUCCAGCUCUAGCUCGGCAGCCCCAAGUACGACUAGCAGUUCAAGCACGUCGUCAUCAUCAACCUCAGAUUUGGUACCUGAAGGAUAUUCCAUAUCCAGGACAACAAUCUGUCAGGAUCCUACAGGAGCGUCUGUGAUAACUCCAUCCGCUGCAUCGACUACACCGAGUUCGUCGUCGGCCACCCCAACAACACCGUCUUUUUUAGACGUUAGCAGCUCGAGCAGCUCGAGCACCCCUCCGCCACCGCCCCCAUCGACAACGUCUUCAUCUACUAUUGCCACUUCUAGCUCGAGCAGCUCGAGCACACCACCCCCGCCUCCUUCAUCGUCGAGUGUUGCUCCAUCUUCGACGACGUCAAGCUCGCCACCGCCUCCUCCGCCUUCGACCACUUCAAGCUCGAAUCCUCCUUCGACCACUAGCUCACCCUCUCCAUCAUCAACGACUACGAGUACCACGCCCACGACUCGUAUGGCAAUCGCUACACAAGUACGUGUGGUGGCAGCCAGAACCAGAUCUGUCAACUCGGCAGCUCCAUCGGCCGAAACCGUCGUCGUCGAGCAAACCAUGGGUGGAGUUACCACUACGUACUCAAUCGCUUCCGGCGGCAGUACCGUGACAGUGGUGGGUACCGCAACUAGUGUUGUAGCUGUCUACACUUCUACUCAGCUGGUCGCAUCAAUCAGCAGUUCCAGCUCCGUAUCAAGUGUUGUCGCCUCGACUGUAACUGUUGGCGCUGUGACUGUCACUUCGGAUAUCAUAGUCCCCAGUGGAUAUGCUACUGUCACGGCUUCUGGGUCUACCGUCACCACGAGCAUUGACAGGACUGUGGCUACUGGUGUUGCUACAGUCACGGUUGGUACGGUCACAACUGGCGGACCUACGACUGUGACUUCAGGUAUCGCUACUGUCACUGUUGGUGCCACUACUGUCACGUCCGGCGUCAGAACCGUCAGUCCCUCAUCCAGUCCAGUCAGUUUCAUGACCGUCUUCCGAAAAGAUAGGAUGCUGGAGAAAAGAAGCGAGGAGCCAGCGAAGAACGCUCAACCAGAGAAGAUCGAGAAGCCAUGGUUCGCCUUCGACGGCUUGACCGAGAUGUGGAUGUGACAUCUACCUCACCACAUCCUCCUUUCUCAUACUCUUCUACUCCCCUCUCCUAGGCUCUCAACCUCCGGAGUACUUCCCCAGCUAGCCGUCAAAACGCAAGAAUCUUGUCGGGAUCACGUCAACGUCCCUUGAGAGCCCCUUUUUCACCCGCUCUCUUUGCAAGACCAUUUCAUCAUCAAUGCUGUCGAGCGGAGCGCUCUGCAAGACAACUUACCCAAUAAUCAUAGCACAAGUCAGAAGGG